CGCCUUCAACGGCGGCGGUGAAUCGGCGAACCGGCGCGGCGGCGCACAUCUCUGGUUGUGUCAUCAGCUGAGUCGAUUUAUUAGAUCCUGACUCUGGAAAUUAAUUUUAUUUAAAUUUGGCCUUGUUUAUCUACGGUCUAUAUUACCAUCACAACUGGUGAUUGCCAACUUGUAUCAGCUGCAAUCGAUCAAUUUCAUUUAAAUAUCUCGUUGAAGUGAAUAAAUGUUUUCAUACUGACUUAGGGGCACUAUUUCCCCUCACGAUUUUCUCUCAAUAAAGGUCGGUAUUGAGCUGAGGUAAUGAUUACGCACAGUGGGCAUACAGGCGGACAUUUGGCCAAAAAUCGAAAGUGCUCUUUUUUGUGAUUUGUAUAGUCUAGAAUAUGCAUCUCGGAUAGCGCUAUCGAAUGGCGUAAAAAGUUUUGUUCUGGGGUUUUUCGCUUGGGAAAUAUUCAGUAAAGAAAAAUGGGUUAUAUGAGGAAAACGCUGCGCUCAGUAUAGUUGAGACGCGCAUAAAAUAAACUAAUUCUUGUAUUCUACUUGAGUUAUUGCUCAACUCGUGUCAAAAGCAUUCAGUUUUUUACAUAUUUAAUAAGUACUUAGAUAAGAUUAUUCUUACAAAAAUACUAAUGUGUAUGCUGUAAUGUGAGAAAUAGAUAUGAUAAACAAUAAAUGAAAUAAUCAGGAUAUUAAGGAAAUAAAAAAUAUAUAUAUAAUUUAGGAGGUUAGAUGACACAUUGUUGCAAAAUGUAUUUGUGUGAAAAACGAUGAGUUACAGUCUUCAUUUUACAGCUAAGAAUGAAACCUCUCUCUCUGUCUGUCUGUCUUAGUUUGUCUUUCAAAGAUAGGAUGAAUUACCUUGUUCAAACUUUCGCUCUUUAAAAACUUUUUUCAUCUUAGAUCGAUAGAGAAUUGAAUUUGAUAUAGUUUGUACGCCGAGUAGCACUUUUAGGAUAACUUAGUGUGUUGAGAGUGAAGGGCAGGACGCAAGAGAUGAGGUUGGUCGAGGGCGACCCGUAUUUCAGGCAGAAUGUCACCAGUGACAUGGUCGUAGUCACGCCAGGCGAUCUGACACCAGUCGCUGCCGUAGUUUUCGUCGAGAUAUCGUCGGACGUCGUCAUCAUUCAACCCGCGCAGUGUCAGAUGGCCAAACGGCACGUUUACCAGACGUUGAAAGCAUCCGUAAGGCAGCGGCUCAGCGGGAAACAUCUCUUUCACUUGUUCUGUGGUGUACUGGUACCGAUGCGAAUCAUCAUCAAUCAAGAAAAGAUCGACGAAAGGUACCUGCAGCUGGUAGCGCGAUUGUAAAAGCGUCCGUUCACGAUGCCAUAUGCGAUAACCGAAGAGGGGCUCGGGACUAA